AGGAGUCACGCAGAGACAGAAGUGAGAGCCUCAGAGGUGGAGACACAGUUUCAGUUUUCCGUUGGUCAGUCAGCAGCUCGUCACUCACACACACUCACACACACACAGUCUGAGCAGGUCGGCUCAGGUGUUGGAUGUUGUCUCUGCGACAUGGAGCUGCUGUCCUCCCUGCUGUCCUCGCUGAGGACCGUGGAUCCCGGGACUCUGGAUCAGGAGUACAACGUGGUGCGUUCACAGACCUCCAUGUUAAAGAGAGAACUGGGUUUGACCACUGAGGCCGGAGCCCUGAAGGAAAACAUCAAGAAGAACAGAUACAAAGACAUCCUGCCAUAUGACCAGACUCGGGUGGUUUUGUCUCUACUGACUGCAGACUGUGACUCUGAUUACAUCAACGCCAGCUUCAUCAAGGGGGCGUCAGCAGACAGAAGGUACAUCGCCUCCCAGGCUCCUCUGAGCUCCACUCUGACCGACUUCUGGAGGAUGAUCUGGCAGCAGGAUGUCAAGGUGAUAGUCAUGGCCUGCAGAGAGAUAGAGAUGGGAAAGAAAAAGUGUGAGUGUUACUGGACCCCAGUUCACCAGUCGGCUGCAUUUGGACCCUUUACUGUCCACAGCCAGGGGGAGACACGUCCUGAUGAGGACCUGGUGGUCAGGACUCUGACUGUCACAUACCAGCAGGGCAGCCGCUCACUGACUCAGUAUCAGUUCUUGUCCUGGCCCGAUCAUGACGUUCCCUCUGAGGCUGCAGGAGUCCUGGACCUGCUGGAGAGAGCCAGGAACAGCCAGGGAACACACACCUCGCCUCUGCUGAUACACUGCAGUGCCGGCUGUGGGAGGACAGGAGUCAUCUGUGCACUCGACUACAUCCACGACCUGCUGGUUACAGAGCAGAUCACAUCAGACUUCAGCAUCCUGAGGGUGGUCCUGGAGCUGAGGAGACAGAGACCGUCGGCCGUCCAGACUAAAGACCAGUAUGAGUUCAUCUUCACCGCGGUCGCCGUCAUGUUCGAGCGAGCCCUGCAGACCGCCAGUGGUCCGCUGUACUGCAACCUGUCACAGCUGAAGGCACCAGAGCAGAAAACCAAGAGAACACCUGCUUCCUCCAGCAAGAGACAGUCACAAAAGACUGACAUGAGUGACACAUAUGCUGUGGUCAACAAGCCCAAACAUCCCCACCCACCUUCAACUAGCUCCACCCACUCCGCUGUGGCCACGCCCAGAUACAGCAGUGAGAGCAGGACUCUUCCCCCGUCCCAUCACUAUGACAACGAUCCUGUGGGAGCUCCGGUCUACAGCACCGUCAGACACCGAGCUAAACCCUCUGCCACACCUGUCUAUGACACAGCAAUGCCAGCCAAUCACAGGCCGGGGGAGGGGCCAUCAUCACCCAACAAAAACGGGGAAUAUCAUUUGAUGCCAGCUGAACCUUUUUCACCAGCAGACGAUGACUAUGAGGAUCUCUCCUCCUCCUCGCUGUCAGAAAUGACCAACCUCUGUUCACCUGGUGGUAUCGGCUUUAAUUGUCGUAUUCAGAAGCCCAGAGGACCCAGAGAUCCUCCUGCCGAGUGGAGCCGCCUGGAGAGAUGAAACACCCGAACCGGGUCAGCUGGACUGGAUGAAUGGGACUGGAGUCGUGCAUUAAGCGUGCGGGUUGACGUGGUGCUUGUCGUUUUGUCCUCCUGCUGGUCACACCCAGCGUUUCUGUCAUGUUCGUGUUUCUGCACAGCAGGUGGUCACGUCUGUGUUUUACAGACUGUUUCUGAGGAGAACUUCACGUAGGAGCAGGAGGAGGAUUCGCCUGGACACGGUUUCAAACCCCACAGCUGUUUCUGAUUGGGUCUUUCAUAUGUAUUCUGACGGACUCCGAAGAGUUAAAGGGAAAUUUCUGUAUUUUUAAAUUUGGGUGAAUCUCACCGUGUUCUGACUAAUUGGUUAUUAUUAUUCUGCACGCCCAGACUCAGCUAUACAUCUCCACAAAAUUGUGACUGGCUAAUCAAUUCAAUAAUAAUAUUAAUGGUUUAGUUUGUGAUUGUUGCUGUUGCUGUUCUUUACUUGACUGAUGAUUACAAUAUGUUAGCACAUCUUUCUGUAAAAGUUUUAAAUCAGGUAUUCCCACUGCCUGGAUUAGCUUCCUGAGCACCUCAGUGAGAAACGUUACUAACCUAUCACUGAUAAGGACGCGUGUGUGUGUGUGUGUGUGAUUACACAACGUCACACGUUUACCUGCAGGUAAAACACAAGUACAGCCAAGUGUACUUCAGGUAUCAAAAGUAAAGGUACUCAUUAUGCAGCGUGAGCCUUUUCACUCUGAUGAGUUCAUGUGUGAGCGGCUUUUUAUUGGUGAAGGUGAUUUUAAAUAUUUUGUAUGGAGGACAACAAAUGUCACACAACUAUAGAACAUUUCAUUCAUUUAUAAUUAAUUUUACAUUCAAAAUAUGCAUUAAUAAAUGUAUAAAUUAAUAAAUUUAGCAAUGCUAACAAUACCCGUAUAUCUUACAUACGAUUGUCAGAAGUCGAAACAAAGCGCUCUGGGAUGAACAUUUUUUUGUUUCUUUUGUAAAAUUGAACUAUUUAUUGGUGGAUUAAUUUUUUCACUUUUCUCUUUUUUUGUCAUCCAUUAAAAUAUCAAAUAACCAA